UAAUGCAACAGAGCAGUAACGACAAAAUGUAAACUCUAGGCGUUAUUGCCAAUUCACAGACAUGAAAGAGGAAUCUUGUGCUCCUCCAAAUCAUUAGAACAAUUUCCCACGAUGAGAAUUCACUGCAAAGUGGUUGUGAUCGCUGUCUGUUUAGGAGUCUUUCUACUUUUGUACUUUUUGGGGGGGAAUGCUGCAGACGAUCCGCCUUUGAAAGAAGUUGCGGAGGAUUACUAUUUUCCAACGUCCUCUGGGCUUGGACACAUUGUUGCAUCGAAGUUAACAAAAAAGCCUCUCGAUGAACUUCACAUUCUACAGAAACAACCACUCACGGACCGAAAAGAAGCGAAAGUAGUCAGAGGAGGCAAUGCGAUCGCAAAGCGACAGAGGGGUGACAUGGGACUGGGCAGGCUCUCAUCGAAGCGUGCCCGAGCUGAAGAAGUCAUGCACCUGGCCGUGGUGGCCUGCGGGAACCGCCUGGACGAGACGCUUACCAUGGUCAAGUCGGCCCUCCUCUUCAGCAUCAAGAGGAUCAAGUUCCACAUCUUUGCAGAGGACCCUUUGUCCUCUCAGUUUGAAAAGAAGCUGAGCCAGUGGGCCCGUGCUGUCUCCAACAAGUUCCAGUACAGUAUCUACCCAAUCACGUUCUCUGUGGGGAAUGCAGAGGAAUGGAAAAAGCUGUUCAAGCCCUGCGCUGCCCAGAGGCUGUUUCUCCCUGUGAUCCUGAAGGACGUGGACUCUCUACUCUACGUGGAUACAGAUGUGCUGUUCCUCAGGCCCAUGGAUGAUAUGUGGAGUUUCCUCAAGGCCUUCAACACCACCCAGCUUGCUGCUAUGGCCCCAGAGCAUGAGAUCCCCAAGAUUGGCUGGUACAGCCGCUUCGCACGCCACCCCUUCUACGGGGUCACCGGGGUCAACUCUGGAGUCAUGCUGAUGAACCUCACAAGGAUCCGAAGAACUUUGUUCAAAUGUAAGAUGUGUAGCUGCUACUUGGGUUGUGGAGUACACCAGUCCUUGUUCCUACUCCAGAACAGCAUGAUACCCAGUGGCCUGUCAUGGGAGGACCUCCUCCACCCACUCUACCAGAAGUACAAGAACCACAUCACUUGGGGUGACCAAGACCUCCUCAACAUUAUCUUCCACUACAACCCAGAGUCUCUGUACACCUUCCCAUGCCAGUGGAACUACAGGCCUGAUCACUGCAUGUAUGGGAGCAACUGUAAAGGAGCGGAACAGGAAGGCGUGUCCAUUCUCCACGGGAACCGAGGAGUGUAUCAUGAUGACAAGCAGCCAGCCUUUAAAGUAGUGUAUGAUGCAAUACAUGAGUACCCCUUUGAGGACAACUUGUUCCAGUCGCUGUUCUAUCCCCUCCAGACCAAGUUUCUGGACACUGUCAACACCCUGUGUGGUCGGAUUCCCCAGGUGUUUCUCAAACAGGUAGAGAAAACCAUGAGGACCGUGUACGAGAAGAAAGUGGUCCGUCAUGUGAAGCCUCCACCUAAAUAACUACAGGAAACUGGAUAGAGGAAGUUGUUUCUGACAUCACUAUGGGAAUCUUUCUGUGGAAGAUGUGCAAUGUCAGGAGUCCCCAGACCAGACUGCCAUAUUAUGACUGACUGAACUAGUAUGGAAACUGAUUGAUGGAAUCAGAAUGCGUUGCACAGCACAGCGGAUCACAAAUGACAUUCCAUUUGAUUGGAAUGGUGGAAUGGAUCAUGAUGAUCAUGUAGGACAGGCAUUCAGUGCUGGUCAAUGAUGCCGUGUGUGGGGUAAGCUUGCCUUAUCACCCACUUAAUUGUUUUUACAGAAACUGAUUUACAGGUAAAAAUGUGAUUGGCUUCAUAAUUUGUUUAAUACCUUUUUUAAGUACAAUGCUUUCUUCAGGUCAGGAUUAAGUCCUGGUGGAGAGAAUUAAGUGGGAAUUAAAAAAUGGCAGAGAUAAUUUUGUUUCUCUUAAAAUGUGCAUGAAAGUGUCUGCCGUAACACCUUUAUACCUGAGGCUUCUGGAAAUGGUUUGAAAUGUUCCUACUCUGCAUGGAGGUCAGCGCCUAACUGAUCCUUUUAUGUCAAACAAAGCUAAUGGGUCUUUGCUUAACCAGAGCUUUCUGUCAAAGACAAAAUCACUUGCAUAUCUGUACAUGUGGAUGUGAUUCAACUUGUCCAGUUCUCCAAAUGCCAACGACAGUAUUAAACACAGUAUCAUGAACAUAUCAUACACUAGAAAUUACCAUUCAUAUUUUGUAUAGAUGUAUAGGUAAAGGCCCUAUUGCAGGGGUAGGCAACCCUGUUCCUGGAGUGCUGCAGGCACUUCAUGUUUUUGCUUUAGCUGACCUGGAAGACAAGGUGUGUUGAAUUUAUGCAAUCACUGAAGUGAUCAAUUAGGUCAGGUGUGGUGCCUUAGUUGGAACAAAAAUCCUACAGUACUCCAGGAACAGGGUUGCCUGCCCUAUUGCAUUGCGGUAAUAGUUUGACUUGUGCAAAUAGAACAGGGCAUGCAUACCAUUAGUCCUCUAUUCAAUUGUCAAAGCAUUGCAAAUCCCUAUAUGAAGAAGCAGUGUAGUUGUCACCGAUCAAAACUACCAAAGUGCUAGUGCUUAUAGUCGGACAGUAUUUUCAAAACUAUGUGCCAUGUGUAUUAAUAAAUGCUCUUAAAAUGUUUAUUUUGUUUGUGCAAGAAAAGGACAGUAAACUUAAUGAAAGUGUCUUGCUAUAAAGUCAUACUAUCAGUGAGUGAUACAGUAUGUGUACUCUGGGAUUUAUAAUGUGACGUUCGUGUAGCCUACUCCAUCGGUUGUCAUGUGUGUUUACCGGUAAUCAUUUAAACUGGAAACUCAAGAUGGUUGUAUUUAUACAUGCUUAUGUUUACUCUUUUUUCAGAAUAAAGAAAAUGCCAACA